AUGGUGAUCCUUAUGGAUGAUCACAUGGUUCAUAGGGGGCAUGGUGUAUUUGACACUGCUGCCAUAAAGAAGGGGCACCUCUAUGAAUUACACCAGCAUGUUGAUCGUAUUAUAAGGUCAGGGACAGUGGCAAAAAUCGUUCUUCCAUUUGAUCGCGAGACGAUUAGGAGAAUUCUUAUACAAACUGUAAGUGUAUCUAAGUGCAUGAAUGGAUCAUUGAGAUACUGGAUGUCUGCUGGACCUGGUGACUUUCAACUAUCACCUUCUGGCUGUCAUCAACCAGCUCUUUAUGCCAUUGUGAUUGAAGAUCAAUCUUUGUUCGAUUCGAGAGGCAUCAAAGUAGUUACUUCGUCGAUCCCCAUAAAACCUCCCCAGUUUGCCACCAUGAAGAGUGUGAAUUACCUUCCGAAUGUGCUUUCAAAGAUGGAAGCUGAAGAACAAGUUGCAUUUGCAGCAAUUUGGCUUGAUGAUGAUGGAUUCAUUGCUGAAGGGUCUAAUAUGAAUGUGGCAUUUGUCACAAAGGAACAAGAGCUUCUAAUGCCCAAAUUCGACAAAAUUUUGAGUGGUUGCCCUGCUAGGAGAGUUUUGACUCUUGCGGAGGGACUGGUGAGAGUGGGGAAGCUUCGUGGAAUAAGAGUGGAUAACGUGUGUAUCGAUGAAGGGAAAAGCGCAGAUGAAAUGAUGCUUCUUGGCAGUGGAGUCCUUGUACGCCCUGUAAUACAGUGGGAUGAGAAGGUCAAAGGCGAUGGCAAGGAAGGUCCAAUAUCCAAAACUCUGUUGAAUUAUAUCCUAGAGGACAUGAACUCCGGUCUGUCAUCGGUCCGAGUGCCGGUUCGUUAUUGAAGCAAAUCUUGAUUCAUUAUCUUGCUCUAUGUCAGAAGGUUUUACUUCAAAU